AUGAAGAGGUCUUGUUGUGAGGCUUCCAGAGUCAAGCCACUGUUAUCAUCACCUCUACCCUAGAGCGCUCGCCACUACUUGCUAAUUCCACAAUGUUGAGCGCACUCAUGAUUCGAAAUUGCUCCGCAAUCGUCCUCACCAUCGUAGGGGCGAUCAUGUUGGCACUAUCAGUCCACGUCUGGCGAUCGGUCGAGCCCAUUCACUAUCAAGCACAAGCCUUCUCUUUCAAUAUCUUUGUUGGUGCCUGGACAUUGUCAACAGAGAUGGUCCUCCUAGCUUUCAGAUACUUCGGGGUAAACCUAAACAUCACGACGGAGAUGGUCGUCUUGCUCGUUUCCUCGAUUCUGUGGCUAGUCUCUGGCGAUCUCACUUCGCAAAGUCGCUCAGGCUGUUCGGGAAGCCCCCAACAGGGCCUCGCCGGUGUCUGCUCAGAACUUCAAGCUUCAUUCGGUUUCAUCUGGAUAGCGUUUACAUGGUUUGUCAUUCUACUUGGGUAUCUGGGAUUCGAGAUGUAUCGUGCAAGAUCACGAGAUGAAACCCAAGUGUGGCGUAAAACACUGAUGGAGCUUGCUGAAAGGAGGUCUUAUGAUCUAGAGUCUAGAAGCGAGGACCAGGCCACGUACGUCAGAAAAGAGAGAGAGGAGUCUCCUAAGAUGCUAUAUCCUUUUCACCUCGGUGCAAUGAAAGGGAGGGUCUGGAGUUUGUCGCGAAAGGACAGACAAAGUCUCAGACGCGUUGCCCCUUUUCGAAUGAGGCAGCUUCUUUUCUUCGAGCUGGGCAGCGACGAGCUCAGAGUCUUGUGGAUAGGUCACGCAACGGUGUAUCUCCAAUGCAGGGGCAUAUCGAUACUUUUCGACCCCGUCUGGUCAAAGAGAUGCUCUCCUUGUCCGCUGGUCGGUCCAAAAAGGGGACUCGACCCUCCAUGUAGAAUCAGUGAUCUACCCUUCGUGCAUAUUGUGGUCAUAUCUCACGAUCAUUACAAAAAGUCGAUCCAGAAUAUCGAGCGCCACUUUGUAGGAGUACGAUAUUUCGUCCCUUUGGGCCUGAGAAGGAUAUUGGAACACUUUGGAGUAGUUGAGGACAGGGUUGUCGAGAUGGCCUGGUGGGAGGAGAGUAUCUGGCACCGAACAGGAAUGAGGACUACCAUCUCCGAGCCCUCAGAGAUCAUUCUCUCAGCUUGUACAGGCAUGGCUGCGGGGACCCCUGUGAUCCAAAGGGACGGUGCCUCAGACUCGGUGUCCAUUGCGUCGUCACCGACAUUAGUCAAUGAGCCGUCGAAGACGAUGGAAGACCGCGAGGAGGCUGUGAACGAGAAGCAAGAGCAGCUCAGCUAUAUUCGCCUCGUUUGCACACCGGCUCAGCACUGCUCAGGUCGGAAUCCAUUCAAGCGGAAUCGAACUCUUUGGUCAAGUUGGUUCCUUGAGCUCCCACGACCUGGAGAGGAACCAUGGAGGAUAUACUUUGGAGGGUGA